AUAUAAGCUUUUUGAGAUCGAGAAUUCCCAUCGAUUCACAAAUUUGCGGAGGCUUAUGGCGUUAAGUACUCUACUCUCUAAGAACAUAUCUAAAAGGGCACCGAAUCCCAUCAAAAAGGGGCCGAGAAGUUGCAAAAGUUGUCAAAAGAUCAAGAAAAAUGGCUGGUCUAGUGGAUUACGGAAGAAGACCUUUGCGGGAGGGCCCCUUCGCAUGCCCAGGUUCGCUAAAUGGCAGAACUGAUUGCGAAAGAAAAUAGAGAUAACACUCCCUGCGGCACAAAUUAGACCGACGGGUUUCUACUCCGGAAUCCUGAGGUAAGAAACGAUUAUCGGACGGACGAUCGAGGCUUCUAGAAUAAAUUCUGCCACAAAAGAUGUUAUUUCGGAGUUCUUUUCGGCUUAUACACGCAUUAUCGAAAGGUAUAACAUUAAAACCAAUAACCAGUGGAAUUUUAAUGAGCAUAGCAUCGCCCUAGGGUGCGGAAUUAAUGGCCGCGUAAUU